AUGGCGUCGUCAAUAUCCAGGCCGGGGCUCCUCGUCCAUUCGACGGGCCAGGGUGCGCUGUCCCGAGCGCGACGGGCAGAGCGACCGCCCCGGUUUGCCCCCUCCCCGGGCCUCGCCCCGCCGGCGUCGAAGGGACGGCUCCCGGCGCGCAAACGCCCCGCUGACGCCUUGCACGGUCGCAGUCAAUUGGAAGUGACUGGCAUCAAGAUUGCUCUGGACGGUGUGCAUUUGGUGGCAAUGCACAGAAGAAGGGGGCCACAGCGCUGCAUGGCAGCAUCUGCAUUCUUGAUUUGCACACUGCUCCCUGCCAUAAUCGUGGUAGAGGCGGCUGCACCCCCAAAUGAGCCGCCAAAACCUGGAGGGGCCGGGUAUGCUCUUGUCUUUCAUGGCACUCCCCUGCUGAAGGAAAGCUUUGAGGACUUUCCCACAGACGCUUUCACAUUUGAGGCCUGGAUAAGUACCUCGGACAACUGUAAGAAUGGAACAUUGUUUUCAUACGCCUCCAAGUCCAAGCCAGAUGAUAAGGACUUUGAUGAGUUUGUCAUCUUCAAACCCACGGAUCUGUUGGCUUGCCACUACUCUGGGUCCUUGGAAGUUAGAGGUGCUGAAAUGGACAAGUGCUUUAAGUCAUACACCACUGGGCUGGUCAGCACACCCCAGGGCAAGUUUGUGUCUGCGGGGACUGAUUUCAGUGAGCGAACGGGUGCCUGGAACCAUCUUGCAGUCACAUGGGAGGCUGCCAAUGAAGGGGUAAUUCGAAUAUACAUGAAUGGCCUCCAAGUGUCGCACUCUGAAUCUGGAAGAACGAAGGCCCUUCCAAAGAACGGGAUUCUCUCCUUGGGAGGCAACCAGGGUUGCUAUGGAGGUUGUCAUGAUCCGGGCUUCAGCUACUAUGGCAUGAUGGAUGAAGUGCGUAUCUGGAAGACAGCAAGGAGCCAGACUGACAUUCUACAGACAAUGUCUAAGGCCCAUGUGGACCAUGACGAGGACUUGGUGGCAUACUGGAAGUUUGAUGAUGCUGACUGGCCACACUUCCAUGGCACUGGGACCACAAAAGACUGGAGUGGUGAUCCAGAAAACACUCUUGAUCUUCUCAAGAUACCAACAAUGGAGGAGGUCAAUAUUAAGGGCAAGCUGUCGACUGGGGCUCUGAAGUUCAUGGGGAAUUAUGCGAUGAAUCAGAGCAUUACAAACAUGCCCAAAAAGGACAUCACCAUCGAGUUUUGGGCGAGGGCUCCUGUGGUCAACGAUGAAGAUGCAGAAAUAUUAUCCUUUGCAGCUGCUGGCAGGCAAUCGGGCGGAGACACAGACGAGACGAUGCGCCUGCUGGACGAUGCAAUACGGAUCAGGCGAUACCAAGUGGCAGAGGGAGUUCCCAAGACGGAUGACACCAAGGGUUCGAUCUCAGUGCAUAUUAAUUCCAACCCAGACAGACUGAUCCUGAACCCUGCAGUGUCCAAGUUGGAUGAUCGUGUGGACUUCCAGACUCGUUGGACUGAUGAUAAAUGGCACCACGUUGCCGUCUCCUGGGAAUCCACUUCUGGGGACGUUUCCUUGCGCUUUGAUGGGGAAGAUUACAUUGCUUUCUGGAACCGAGAUGAACAGUACAAGGAUCCAAAGAAAGGUGGUGUCAGCUCCUCAAUUGGGAAACGAUUUGAGAGGGAGUCGAACGGAUCCCUAGUGAUUGGCCAGAAUCAGGAAUGUAUGGGUGGAUGCUUCCAAACAUCAAAGGGAUUCAAUGGCCAGCUUGCAGCCCUGAGGAUCUGGAACCGCAUCCUGACGACAGCACAAGUCAAGGAGAACAUGUUUAAGGUGGAACCCUCAGAUGCAGAGGGCCUUGUUAUUCAGUACGACUUCAGCAAGUCAGGAAUCACAGGAGAAAGGCAAAGAGAGAAGGUUGCCCGUGACCAGCGUGGAGGCCACAGCGAUCUACAGUUUGGCUCCAUUGCUCCGUCGUACCAGCUAUCAUAUGCCCCCCUCACUGACAGCAUUGGCAGGCCACUCCCGCUUCCCACAGCAGGUGCCUCUGGCUAUGCCCUGCAGCUCCACGACCAGCAGGUCCUCAUGAUCGAGAGGUUUGAGAACUUCCCCUCACAUAGACUCACCGUCGAAUUCUGGAUGUGGAGCAUCGAUACCUGCAGGCAGGGCGCCCCAUUCUCAUAUGGUCACGGGGAUUUCAAUCACACUGACAACGAAUUUGUGAUCUCCAACUCCAACAACUGGGGCAUCAGUGUAUUGGAGCAUGAUGGUGGGCUGAUGGACCACAAUGCUGGUGUCGGCUCCAAUGACGGUCGGUGGCAUCACAUUGCUGUCAGCUGGGAGAGUGCUACUGGUGAAGUGCUGUUUUACGACAACAGCAAGCUGACAUGGGUAGUUCAGAGGGCCGGGCAAAACAAGAGCAUCCCAUCUGGGGGUGCUCUUGUGAUAGGGCGCGAGCAGGAUUGCCUGGGAGGCUGUUUCGAUUCUGCCUUUGGGGCAGCUGGCCAGGUGACAUCAGAGCGGGAGUAUGGUGCCCAGGAUUUCUUUGGCGUCAUCGAUGAGAUGCGCAUCUGGAAGACUGUGCGCACUCCAGAGCAGAUCUACAAGGGCAUGGUGGCAGACACCGAGAGGGGCGCUGGGCUGGAAAACAAUUUCAUUGAUCCCAAGGACGAAAACCUUGUGGCAUACUGGAAAUUUGACGAGGGGAAUGGGUACAAUGUCAAGGAUGUGACCGACAACAAGCACACCCUGCGCAUGACCCAGGAGCCAAAAUGGAAGGUUGUUCGCUGGCUGUCAACCUGUGGAGACAAACUGUUGGAGGGUACUGAGCAGUGUGACGACGGCAACCGCAAAGGGGGAGAUGGCUGCAGCAGCACCUGUGAAGUUGAGGAAGGAUGGCAUUGCAGCCAGUCAAGCCCGUCCCUGUGCCAAAAGGUUGGCACUGAGCUGCCGGCCCCAGCCUCCAAGCCCAAACUACCCUCCGAGGCCGACGUGCCCAAAGCAGAUCUCACAAAGGAAUCGAAGCCGGGGGAUGCAGGGCUUGCCCUUGUUUUCCACAAUAAUGCUGUGGUGCGAAAGGACUUCCAGAACGCCCCAACAGACGAGUUGACCUUUGAAGCCUGGAUCAGCACGUCGGACUUCUGUCACAAGGGUGCCAUCCUAUCCUACGCCGUUCCUGCUGAGAGCACUGAGUAUGACGAUGUGCAGACAGCGGCCAAUUCCUUUGUCAUUUACAACUCAAAGGACCUCCUUGCAUGCCACGACUUCGAAUACAUUGUCAAGUCCUUUGAUACAGAAGGAGCCAGCUGCCGUGCUCACUUCAACAACACUAUUGCAGACCCGUCAAAUACUGACCUGACGGACAACACUGGGAAAUGGCAUCAUCUGGCAGUUAGCUGGGAAGCUGCCAAAAAUGGCUCUAUUCAAAUCUAUAUAGAUGGGCUGCCAGUGGCGAAGUCGGUUUCAGGGCAGACGAAACCUCUAAAAUCUGGGGGUCAAUGGAUUCUAGGCGCUGAACAGGACUGCCUUGGAGGCUGCACUGACCCUGCCCAAGCAUUCUAUGGCUUGAUGGAUGAAGUCCGAAUCUGGAGAACAGUGCGCAAUCAAACUGCCAUCUUGGACAACAUGAGAAGAAGUGGUGACCGCAUUGAAAAGGAUAACCUUGUGGCAUACUGGACUUUCGAUGAUGUUGGUACCUCUGAGUCCCGUGCAGGUGGGACUAGCUUAGAUAGAAGUGGCAAUGGCAACGAUCUUGUGCUGCAUAUGCCUCCAACAGUGGAUCCAGUGACGAUACACAAAGUUGAGAACAGUGGCUCUGAAGCCGGCGAGCUGACGACGGAUGCCUUGCACCUCACGACGAACAGCUACGCCCUUGGCCAGAACACAACAAACAUGCCCACCGAGGAUAUCACCAUUGAGUUUUGGGCGAAGUCACCUGUCCAUGGCCAACAACACGAGGGGGAGCUGUUCUCUUUUGUCACUCCUGUCAAAGAUAGUGUUAAUGAGGAACCAGGACGUGUGCCCCACAUGCAUGAAGCCAUACGAAUCCAGCAUGUGAUGAAUGGCACUGCAGACCGCGCAUUGAGGGGUGCCAUUCGAGUCCAUUUCAAUGAUGAGGUCAAACGAAGUGGUGGUGGAGAGCAUUGGGUGAUGUUCUAUACACACUGGAACCAUGAUAUGUGGCACCACAUAUGUGUGACAUGGGAAUUCAGCACUGGCAACGUCACACUUUGGUUUGAUGGCCACCACCAACAACCCAGCGCAGUGUCACUGGGCGGAGAUAUUCGGUGGGCAAAUGAAAGUGACAGUGGCCGAGUAGAUCCCAGCAUUUCCCAGAGAGCACAAAGAUCGGAGAAGGGAUCACUGGUGCUUGGACAGAAGCAGCAGUGCUUGGCAGGCUGUUUUUCAGAGCCGUCAGCAUUUGAUGGGCACCUGGCAAACGUACGUGUGUGGAGCCGUCUGUUGUUGGAGAGCCAAGUGAAGGCAAAUAUGUUCACCAAUGACCCGGAAGACAAGUCUGGUCUGGCCAUGGCCUUCAAAUUAGUACCUGCUGAAUCUGAUAAGCGGGCUCGCGCUGUGGAUUCCACAGGAGACAACAAUUUGGUGGUCGACUCCAUCGCACCGUCCUACCAGUACUCUGAUGUACCACUGAUUUCCAAGCACGGCAAGCCAGCUGUCGGUCCCUCCUCUGGCUUCUCUGGAUACUCUCUGCAGAUCCACAGCCAGCAAGUCCUCAUCUCCCCAGAAUUCAAAAAGUUUCCUUCCGAAGCCAUCACCAUUGAGUUUUGGAUAUGGAGCAUUGACACCUGCAGGACUGGGGUACCCAUAUCGUAUGCCCACGAGAGCAACGUCGACGCAUUCGUCAUCAGCAACUACAAUGACUGGCAUGCCACUGUGAUGGGAGAUGAAGGGCCCGAUGCUGGAACCAGCGCUGGACUGACAUCCACGGACGGACGGUGGCACCACAUCGCUGUCACGUGGGAAAGCGACAAUGGCAAACUUGUGCUGUAUGACAAUGGGCGAGUUGCAUGGAGGGCUGUGCGGGCCAAGGGCCAGAAGCUUCCUUCUGGCGGGACAGUAGUAAUUGGCAGCGCACAGGGUUGUGUUGGUGGAUGCCUGUCUACGGGGAUCAACGCGGACCAAAAUGGCUCCAGAUAUGGCCCUAGCGACUUCAUCGGUGUGAUCGAUGAGAUGCGGAUUUGGAGCAGGACCCUGAGACUGAAGGAAAUACUGGAAGGAAUGUCCAUCGACCAGGAGAGUGAAGAGCAAGGGGCUUGGGACAAGAGGAGCACAGGGCUUGUGGCACACUGGAAGUUCGAUGAGGGUGUGGGAAAGGUUGUCAAGGACUCCAGCAAAAAUGGAAACGAUCUGCUGCUGCGGGAAGAGAACUGGAAGGUGUCGCGUUGGGUUGUCUGCGGAGAUGGCAUCCUUGAGGGCACUGAGGAGUGUGAUGAUGGCAAUAAGGCUAGUCAUGACGGCUGCAGUAAGGUCUGUACAGUCGAGCAGGGCUAUAUUUGCAGUUUCACCAGCCCAUCUGAAUGCCUUCGACCUGAUGGAGGAAAGGUGGCACAAGCCGGCAGCCAAGCCCCUGAGAGCAAGCUGGCCACACCGCCGCCUGAAAGUCCAGAGGAGGCUGCAAUUCCAACUCAAGAGGGACUGCCAAAACCUGGCGAAGCGAAGUACAGCUUGGUCUUCCAGAACAACGUGUUUGUCAAGAAGGACUUCAAGGACUUCCCAACGGAGGAGCUAACAUUUGAAGCCUGGAUCAGCACAUCUGACUCUUGCACAAGCGGAGCCAUCAUGUCUUACUCAAAGAAAGGGCCAGAGGACAGCAUCAAAACUGAUUCCAACCACUUCGUGAUUUUUGACCAGCAGAACAUUUUAGCUUGCCACGAUUACAAGAACAUCGAUGCCCUCGGGUCACCUGCAGAUGUGCUAAUGGCGACUUGUCGCUGGAACUUCAAAGACGAGGAGGACAUUGGACAACCCACCACAGACACUUUCGUUGAUCCCAACGGCGGUUGGCACCACCUUGCAGUCACAUGGAAGGCUGCUGACAAUGGCAAGACCUACAUAUACAAGGAUGGUCUUCAAGUUGCCGUUGCUGAAACAAAGCAUACAGAUCCGCUGGACCCGAAUGGAGUGUUCAUGUUGGGCGGAGAGCAGGAUUGCUUUGGGGGCUGCACACAAGGAAGCCAAGCUUUCUAUGGCAUGAUGGACGAAGUCCGCAUUUGGAACACAGUCCGAACGAAGGAACAGAUAUUUCAAUUCAGAAGAAAGACAGGCAGUGAAGUUGGAAAAGAUGGAGGGCUGGUUGCCUACUGGAAAUUUGACAAUUUGGGGGAAGGCACCCAAGUUGCCCAUGAUUCAAGUGGAAAAGGGAACGAUCUUUCUCUCCUUGCAGACCCCGAACAGCUCAGUGAUACAAUUUCUAAGCAAAAUCUUAAGGAAGACUUGGGCAUUGGGGCACUGAAGUUCACCAACAGCUAUGCUGUGAACCGGACAGUUGUGAACAUGCCGUCGAAGAGCUUCAGCAUUGAGUUUUGGGCAAAGUCUAAUCUCAGGACGUCUGGAGACGUCCGCGACCAUGAGACAAUCUUGUCGUAUGUCACCAAGUGCGCAGAGGUGGAGGAAGCCUUCAAAAGCCCAACUGCUGAAGCUGCACUCUUUGCCAGACUACAUGACGAAAUCAGGAUAGAUCACUACUCACGGGAAUACAAUGGGCACCUUGAACACACAGACAUCUCCACACAGGGUGCAAUGUCUGUUGUGAUGAGCUACUCCAAGGAGGGGGUGCAGCAUCAUAGCUGGGUGGACUUUCCCACAAACUGGACUGAUGAGGAUUGGCAUCAUAUUGCUGUUAGCUGGGAUUUUGACAGCGGCAGCACCGAACUGCACUUCGAUGGUGAUAGAUACACACCUUUCUGGUUGUACGGCAACGGACGUGCUACCAACCAAGACCCAAACAAAGGGGGAACGUCCAACGUGCUUGCACAAGGAAUAGAGAGGAACUCAUCUGGCGUUUUGGUUGUUGGCCAGAGACAAAGCUGUGUUGGGGGAUGCUUCUCCCCAUCUGCCUAUUUCGAUGGUUAUCUCGCCAAUCUCCGCAUCUGGGACAAGGUGUUGAGUGAUGACCAGAUCAAGUCAUCAAGGGCAACGAACCAGCCAGGAGAUACUCCAGGACUAGUCAUGAUGUACGACUUCAAUGCCGAUUCGGUUGUUGGAUCUGGCAGGGAAGCCCAUGCAGUGGACACAAAAGGUGGCAGCAACCUGCUUCUCAGGUCAAUCGCCCCGCCCAUCCAGUACUCUGACGCGCCCCUGGUCGACGCGAACGGCAAGAAGCUGGCCGGGCCCACCCUGGGCUCCCCGGGCUACGCCCUGAAGUUCGACGACGCCCACCAGGGCCUGUACCUUGGGGCCUUCGAGGACUUCCCCACCACCGCCAUCACCGUCGAGUUCUGGCUGUGGACCAUCGACAAGUGCGGCCGGGGCGCGCCCUUCGCCUACACCGUGGGCAAGGGCAAGAGCGCGGACAACGGCUUCGCCGUCUUCAACUACAACAGCUGGGGCGUGGCGGUGAUGAACGACGAGGGUGGUUGGGGCGAGGCCAAGUCCAGCGUGGGGGCCGCGGACGGCCGGUGGCACCACGUGGCCGUCACGUGGGAGAGCGAAACGGGCAACACCGAGCUGUACGACAACGGCAUCCGGAUGUGGUCCAGGAAGCGGGCCAAGGGGAAGAGAAUACUCUCGGGGGGGAUGUUGACGGUCGGCAAGAGACAGGAUUGUGAGGGGAAAUGCGCAAAGUCUGCGGCAUCUGACACAUCGCCCAUUCUGGGGUUCAUGGAUGAGCUGCGCAUUUGGAAGAGGGUGAGGAGCCAAGAAGAAAUCUGGGAUGGCAUGGCUGCAGAUGUGGAUAGAGCUGCGGGUGGCAAGAAAUACCACAUUAACUUGAAGGAUGACAGUCUUGUGGCGUACUGGAACUUCAACGAGGAAGGGCACCACCUUGCAGUGGACUUGACUGGCCAUGAGGGUCAUAGCCUUGGUGGCAAAGGAGAACGCAAGGUAGUCCGGAUGUUCUCAAGAUGCGGAGAUGGCAUCCAGGAAGGCCCUGAGCAGUGUGACGAUGGAAACACAGAGAAUGGGGAUGGCUGUGCAAGUGACUGCCUUGUUGAAGAAGGCUGGCUAUGCACCCAGGCCAGCCCCUCUGACUGUGUGACCAAAGAGGGCUACAGCAGUGCCAUAAAGCUUCAGGAGGCAACAGGAGGGAGUAAACAGGCAGAACUCGGCGGUCGUAACAGCAGUGCUGGAACAUUGGCUCUUGUGGUGAUUGCAGUGACUGUGUUGGCCAUCAUCGUGGGAAUCAUCUCGUACAAGAGGCGAGGAGCGAUCUAUCGGCGUUUCCCCAGGCUGAGGCGCUGGGUCACAGGACAGGAGGAGCACCGUUACGAACAGCUGCAGACCAUGGGCGAUGGCAAUCGGCAUGGGGUCUGA